AUGCAGUACUCCACCCUUCCAUGCCAACAGUACUAUGUACUGCCGCAGGAUUCUAUCCUUGCUACUCAGUCAUUCAGAAAGGGGCGCGUGUUUGCGUCUACAUCUCAAUAUACUGGACAAAUCGGAAAUGAAUGCCACGGCAUCGUUGAUCUGCCAGCUGGCUGGAAACGGGAGGUUUUCAGGAUCUGUCAAUCUACAGGACAAUGCCUUAAAGAUUGCAUCAUCAUUAAGUCCUACAAAAGGAAAACUUUUCACAAUAUUGAGGCACCAAAACCCGUCCAUGCAGUGCAUUACAAGUCUUUCUUUGAGCCACUGUCUGAGUGGCACGGUGUUCCGUACUCGGUCGAUCAGCGUAUGAGCAGCAAGAUUGUUCAUCAGCGCUGGGUUGGCGCCUCAGGAGAGGAACCUAUGUGGGUUUCCGAGGGAUUAUGGAUCCGUGUUAAGGAUGGCUUGAUCUCAUACCAUGAGGACGUUGACUUUGAGGUUGUUCCACGUGCUAUUGGGCUUUUUAUGGUGCACGAAAGCUCCGAAUAUGGGGGCUACCCCAUCGGGGAUUGGGCAGGCUUGUCUUACGACAUAUUGACAGGAGAUCUGCUUCAAGCUCUUCAAGACUAUGUUCAGGCAUACCUUGCGGCCGUGCAAGCAAACCCCAUGUAUCAACGACAGCUGCACCUUCCCAAACAUCAGCAAGUUCCUGUCUUGGAUCCUCCAGAUCCUACAGAAGACCCGCUAGAUGUUGCCGGGUUAUUCAAUUUGGGUUCAACACUUUGGUCAAAAUUUAACAAUAUGUUUUUAAAUGCUCGCGAAUCCCUGCCUGGCCCUCCUGAGGCACACUAG